CCCGCCUCCUGGCUGUGGAGCGCUCAGUGCGUUUCUCUUCCCCCUCUGUCCGCUUCAGACCCAUAUUCCACUGGGAGAGAGAGAGGAGAGAGCGAGGGAGUGAGUGAGAGUGUGUGUGUGAGAGAGUGAGAGAGAGAGACAGCAGGACCUGGGAGAAGAGCACCGAAAGAAAAAGAGGAGAGGGGAAAAAACGCAGCACCGACACAAAUGGCACUCAUGGCAGGGAUUUUGUUCACGGCCACUUUUCUUAUUUCUGGGAUUUCUACAUCUCUUUCUUCGUCACGGAUAUAUCCCCCAAAUGAAGUCACGUUAUUGGACUCCAGAGCUGUACAGGGGGAGCUGGGAUGGGUCUCCAACCCGACAGAAGGAGGGUGGGAGGAAGUGAGUAUUAUGGAUGAAAAGAACAUCCCCAUUCGGACGUACCAGGUGUGCAAUGUCAUGGAACCCAAUCAAAACAACUGGCUCCGCACUGACUGGAUCCCCAGAGGAGGUGCCCAGCGAGUCUACAUUGAGAUUAAGUUCACUCUCCGAGACUGCAAUAGUCUCCCGGGUGUCAUGGGAACCUGCAAGGAAACCUUCAACCUUUACUACUACGAGUCCAACAACGACAAAGAGCGCUACAUCCGAGAGAACCAGUUCGGCAAGAUCGAUACCAUCGCUGCAGAUGAGAGCUUCACUCAGGUGGACAUUGGCGAUCGUAUCAUGAAGUUGAACACAGAAGUCCGGGAUGUGGGAGCCCUGAACCGCAAGGGUUUCUAUUUGGCUUUCCAGGAUGUUGGGGCGUGCAUUGCACUUGUUUCUGUCAGGGUCUUCUAUAAGAAAUGUCCUUUAGCCGUGCGUAAUUUGGCCCAGUUUCCAGAUACUAUCACUGGAGCUGAUACUUCUUCACUUGUGGAAGUUCGUGGUUCAUGCGUGGAUAACUCAGAGGAGAAGGAGGUGCCCAAGAUGUACUGCGGGGCAGACGGCGAGUGGUUGGUGCCCAUUGGGAACUGUCUGUGCAACCCUGGAUACGAGGAGCGCAAUUCAGAAUGUCAAGCUUGUAAGAUUGGUUACUACCGUGCUCUGGCCACCGAUGGCGCCUGUUCCAAGUGUCCUCUUCACAGUUACUCUGUCAGAGAAGGCUCCACCUCCUGUGCCUGCGACAAGGGAUACUUCCGCUCCGAAACGGACCCGGCAUCCAUGCCCUGCACCCGCCCUCCGUCGGCACCUGUGCAUCUCAUCUCCAAUGUGAACGAAACCUCCGUAAACCUGGAGUGGAGCCCACCCCGGAGCUCUGGGGGUCGCCAGGACUUGACAUACAACGUAGUGUGUAAGCGCUGCGGUUCUGACGGCCGGCGCUGUCAACCCUGCGGAAAUGGAAUCCACUUCAGCCCACAGCAGCUGAGCCUGAAGGGAACCAGGGUGUCCAUCAACGAGCUACAGGCCCACACCAACUACACCUUUGAGGUGUGGGCGGUGAAUGGAGUCUCACCUCAGAGCCCAGGGCCUGAGCAGGCCACAUCAGUGACCGUCACCACCAACCAGGCCGCUCCCUCUCCAGUGACUUCCAUCCAGGCCAAGGAUAUCACAAGACACACCAUUUCCCUGGCCUGGCAGCCACCGGAAAAAGCCAACGGGGUCAUUCUGGAGUAUGAGGUCAAGUACUACGAGAAGGACCAGAAUGAAAGAAGCUACCGCAUCAUAAAAACCUCAUCAAGGAGCACCGACAUCAAGGGCCUCACCCCCCUCACCUCCUAUGUUUUCCAUGUGCGGGCUCGCACAGCGGCCGGCUACGGAGAAUUCAGCGGCCCGUUUGAGUUCAUGACCAACUCGGUCCCAGCUCCCAUUAUCGGCGACGGGGCCAACUCCACAGUGUUGCUGGUGUCAGUGGUGGGCAGCGUGGUUCUGCUCAUCAUCCUCAUCAGUGCUUUCGUCAUCAGCCGACGAAGGAGUAAAUACAGCAAAGCCAAGCAGGACUCUGAUGAAGAGAAGCACUUACAUCAAGGAGUGAGAAUAUAUGUUGACCCCUUUACCUAUGAGGACCCCAACCAGGCCGUCCGUGAGUUUGCCAAAGAGAUCGAUGCCUCCUGUAUCAAGAUUGAGAAAGUGAUUGGCAUUGGGGAAUUUGGAGAGGUCUGCAGUGGACGCCUGAAGAUGCCCGGCAAGAGGGAGAUCUGCGUGGCCAUAAAGACUCUGAAGGCUGGCUAUACAGACAAGCAGAGGAGGGACUUCCUGUCCGAGGCCAGCAUCAUGGGCCAGUUCGACCACCCCAACAUCAUUCACCUGGAGGGCGUGGUCACCAAAUGUAAACCGGUGAUGAUUAUCACAGAGUACAUGGAAAAUGGAUCCCUGGAUGCAUUCCUGAGGAAGAACGACGGUCGGUUCACUGUCAUCCAGCUGGUCGGCAUUCUGCGUGGCAUCGCUUCCGGCAUGAAGUACCUGUCAGACAUGAGCUACGUCCACCGUGACCUGGCUGCUCGCAACAUCCUGGUUAACAGCAACCUGGUGUGCAAGGUGUCCGACUUCGGCAUGUCCCGAGUCCUGGAGGACGACCCCGAGGCCGCAUACACUACCAGGGGAGGAAAGAUCCCCAUCCGCUGGACGGCCCCGGAGGCCAUCGCUUAUAGGAAGUUCACCUCGGCCAGUGACGUGUGGAGCUACGGCAUCGUCAUGUGGGAGGUGAUGUCAUACGGCGAGCGGCCAUACUGGGACAUGAGCAACCAAGAUGUGAUCAAGGCCAUUGAUGAGGGCUAUCGACUGCCCCCGCCCAUGGACUGCCCCGUGGCACUCCACCAACUCAUGCUAGACUGCUGGCAGAGAGAGAGGGCCGACCGGCCAAAGUUUGGGCAAAUAGUCAACAUGUUGGACAAACUGAUCCGCAACCCCAACACCCUGAAGAGGACCGGGGGAGAGACCACCGUCAGGCCCACUACCACCCUGCUUGAGCCAGGGAGUCCCGAGGUGUCCGCGGCUGUGGGCACAGUGGAGGACUGGCUGCAGGCCAUCGGCAUGGAGAGAUACUGCGAUAACUUCACGGCCGCCGGCUACACAACUCCAGAGGCCGUGGUCCACAUGACGCAAGAGGACAUGGCACGCAUAGGCAUCUCCUCCGCAGCGCACCAGAACAAGAUCCUGACCAGUGUCCAGGGAAUGCUAUCCCAAAUGCAACAGAUGCAAGGCAGAAUGGUUCCCGUCUGAGAAGAUUAAAACAAAGAAAAAAGGAAGCAAAACGACUUUGUUUCUUAUGAAAAAAAAACAAAUAACAAAAAAAGAUUAAAUAUUAAAAAAAGAGACAAAUCAACUAUGAAGAAAUAGUUUACCUCAUCCAUGCACUUUAAAUUGGAUCUAAAAGAAAAGAAGACAUUGAUGAAGAAGGGAAAAAGUGUUGCAAAUGGCACCUUUUUUUCAAAAAUCAUACCUUUACCUUGCCCUUUUAGUUGUUUUUGGAGAAUGGGACACUUCUAUCUGCAGCAUUUAUGGAUAGAUGGAGGGGACGGCUGGAAAAGUGCUUCCGAGAGGCCAAUCUGGAGUGCCUUUAAUGGUCUGGAAUGAAAAGCGGGGGAGGGGGAUCGUACCUUUUCUUCCUCCUUUUGCAGAGAGUGUUAUUUCUGGAACUUUCUCUCUGGAAUAAUCCACAGAGCAUUUUUUUUUUUUUGAUUUUCUGUGUUUAUUGUACAUGAAUUGUUUCUGUGGGACUCAGAGGCUGCCCCGGCCACCAUUGUUCUCUCUCUCAGCUGGAACUGUUUGAUAUCUUCCAGAAAAAAUGGACAAUCCUAGCCGUCAGAUAUAAACAGUGAAUCUCUGACAGGCUGGGGGUUGGAUUCUUCGGGGGGGGGAGGGGUCAAGAUGGCUGUGCAGGGAGGGCUUAUUUUAAGGAGCUAUUUGUGUUGCGUUUUUUUGUUUUUUGCUCUGUUCUGGCCUGUUUUUUUUCUCCCAGAUCGCUGUAUUAUGUUGCCCUCAGGACAUUUCUGAGAAUGUCUUUGAUCUUCCAGAGGAGCCUUUCCACUCCCCUGUCUUCCCAAAAAAACAAAAACAAAAACAAAAAAAACACAGUCAAAAAAAAUAAAUAAAAUCCCACCCUGCUACACCUUCAAUAAACACGCAGUUCGGAUUCUCCCAUCCAUCUCCCCACGUGGAUCGAAGUCCCAUCCCCAUCACUACUGCAGGACCAACCAACUCUUCCACACCACUUUUGACGGACGCCCGUUUGGACCACAUGAGUUGGUUUUAUAAGCGGAAUGUGAGAUGAAGAAAUUUGCCAAGACGUUAUCGGACACGGGGGGCAACAGGGAUGCAGAAAGAGUCAUCAGCGUCAGGAAAUAUUCAAAAAAAGAAAAAGAAAACGAUGGAGGAUCAAGCUGCUGCCGUCCAUCACAAACAGGAUCCCAUCCUCCCUCGCUCCCUCACCACAACUGGAUUUCUUCCCCGCUAUUCCUUCUUUGUCUUCCUCCUCCUGGCUACCCUUCCACUCCUCACCGACACAGAGAUGACAAAUGUAUACCCCCUCGAGCGUCUGAGACGUCCGCUGUCCCUCAAAACACGUCAACUUGACAAACUCGUCGCCGUCCAUCAAUCCGGCCCCGCGCUGGAAUUACUCUGAAUGAAUUUAACAGCAUCAAAAAGAGAACAAAGGAAGAAUGUAAAAUAACGGAGGAGCCCCUCUCCAGCUGAUGAUGAUGAUGAUGAUUAUUUUUUUCCUGAAAGUUUGGUUUUAUUUUGUGUGUUGUUUUUUGCUUUUUUUAAUUAUUGUUUCAUUCUGUUUGCAUGUAAAGUAACAAGAGUUUUAUUUGAGCGAAUGCGAUGACGAGUGUGCACGUGGGUGUGUGCGUCUCUGUGAGUGGCAACGUCUUUGAAGUACUAUCAGUAAAUGUGUCUGUUUUCAUGCCACUGUGCAGGAGGAGGAGAUAACAGAGUUGUAUAGUUUUUGAUAUUAAAAAAAAACACAAAAAAGA